AUGCUCGAUAAAAACAAAAAUGCAACGGCUAAGGACAAUACAAAUCUUCAGGAUGUGAAAGUAGCAAAUUUAAAUAACAGCAUAGGUAAGCUGUUCGAGCAGUUUGGUUCUAGUGGUGAAUUUAAGAUAAACAUGGAUGAUAGACUAUGUAUGCACUGUUGGAUUGUUAAAAGUACACUCUAUUGUAGUACAUGUAUGUGUUUCUACUGUGCUUCAUGUGCGCAUAUGAACCAUGUAUCUGCAGGUAGUUACCACGACAUUAUAUCAGUGCAUCAUUUGUCAGUAUCUAGAACAGAUACAGCAAAAAGCCUUCAGGAAAAGCGAAAGAAUUUAUGUAAGAGACAUAAAAAUAAAGAAUUAACUUAUUGUUGUACAAGUUGUAAUUAUAUGCUGAUAUGUGAAACAUGUAUAAUUAUAGAUGGUCAUGGUUCUCACCUAUUAUUAACAUUGGCUGAAGCCAUUCCAAGAGGAAGACAAAUCCUUCUGCAAUCUCUUUCAUCAUUGAAUGCAGCUUCGUUUUAUAUGUCACAAAAAAUUUCAGAAAUAUCAGCCUUAGCAGAACAGCGUAAAUCUGUUUUCGAAAAUAAUUUAAUAAACGUUGAAGAAACACAGAAGUCUUUAAAUAGAGCAAUAGCAUCCGAAGAACAGCUUUUAUUCACUGAGAUUGACUUAUUAGCAAACAAACUUAAUCGUGGAGGAGAAGACAUAUGCAAAAGUUGUGAAAAUCUUAAAGAAAUGCUCAUAACUGUUUGUGGUGAAGUUAGUAUCAUACUUCAGCUAUCCAAGGAAUCCCCAAGCCAUUCCCUGAAUAGAUAUGUUAAGAUUAGUAAUGUUGUUAAAGGCACUUUAGAUCCUUCAUAUAGAGUAUUGGUUCCAGAGCUUCAACAUUUGAGUGUUCCUUAUUGGAAUUUAUUUCCAGAAAUCAUUGAUGAUGUACUGAAUGAUACAAACAAAUACACUCAGGAACAUAUAGACCAUGCAAUGAAAUUAUCUGAUGCCAUUACCAAGAUUGCUUCUGGAGAUAUUUCCGUAGUUGAGGAUAUUGGGCAAAUUAAUGCUCAGGUAUAUGCAAAAAGCAACUCCGAAAAUGAACGAGCUGCUAGGGCCAAGGUUCAUAAAAUAUUUACAAGCAAACUAAAGAUGAUUCAGCAUGAAAGGCUGAAAAAUAUACAGAAUCCUCUAAUUGCUCCAAAAAGUUCAUUAAAGCUUGAUCCAAAAAAUAAGGCAAAAUCAAAAGCAAAGGCAGCUCAAACUGGACCAAAACUGCAAGAAUGGUUGGGACUACGUGAUUGGAAAAAUAAUCAAUCAAGGAAGCAAAAUAAUGCAAAGAAUAAGAAUCCAAACGGUUUUAAAAUCCCUAAUGAAGCUUAUAAUUCUACUUCUAAAGGUAAUAAGUCUAUUUUUGAUGACUUAGGUAUUAUUAGAGCACUUUCUGAUGGAGACAUAAAAUUUGAUGAAAUUGUUGAGAAAGAUAUUGAAAUUAUGACCAUAGGUAGAGAUAAGAAACUUGAAGCCUUAGGAAGAACAAAAGAAGAAAAGUUACAGACAGAAGAGUUCUAUGAGUCACAAGUGCAUUUUAGUGGUACAUUAAUGGGUGCAUGUAUAUUUACUAAAAAAGAUGAUGGUAUUGAAGUUUUUAAAAUGGAUGAUGAACUUACUAAAAUUAAUUUCAAGUAUUGUUUUCCAUUUAUUGUCAUUUAUGAUGCAAGUAGUUCUGAAAAACAAAAUUCCAAAAUCAUGGAUAAAGCCUAUUCAAUUAAGGGAGGGAUGAAUGAGCAUGCAUUACCUACUAUAUCUCCAGGAUUAGAAAGAAUUGAUAUCCCAAUAGUCCUUGGAAAAAUAGAAAAGCCCAAGAACUCGUUAUUUGUUGCAGAUAUACGUCAAUCAAACAUUAGGAUACAAUCCAUACAUUCUAAUUCCAUUACUCCGGAAACAUCCAAAUUCUUAGGUGCAACUGCUAAUUCAUUGAAACCUAUAGAAGAUGGGUUUGAAAUUAGUAAUGUGAUUAAGGGAAAUACAAUUGAUUCUUGGGUUUUCUCAUGUCCAGAUUUUAACACAGCUGAAAAAUGGAUUUCAAUGCUUAAAGGUGAGGAUUUGGAUGUUAAAUCUUGUAUUAAAAAAGUUGGAACAGCUAGGUUAUGCAUUAAAUCUCUUGCAAAUAAAAGAAAUAAUCAGAAAAUGUCCGAAUCUAAGUUGACAGAGAAUCCAUUAGGAAGCACUGAAGAGCAAGCAUUUAUAGAUGUAGUUCCAAAGAUACCAAAUAAUGCCAGAGAGAAACUCCUUAUCUCUGUUCAGCCUGACCAUCACGAACUAACUCAAACAAUUAUAUACGAGGAUGAUGAAGGAGAAUAUUACGAAGAGCAAGAAAUUGAAUUACCAGAUGUAAUGUCAAUUAGAUUAGAUAGAAAACUUUCUGCAAAAAAAACCAAAUCUCUUGAAAAGCUUAUGAUACCGUCAAUUCUCAAGAUAGGAAAAGAUUCAGUUAUUCAAAUUGAGAAAUUAAAUGUAAUUGGAUCCUCAUUUGAUUCGAUGAAUCUACAAGUUGUAGCCUUAACGAAAAAUCGAUUGUAUAUUACUUCCCCUGAAAUCUUUGAGAAGAACCUUUCACAUGAUUUGCUUUUGGAUGAGUAUUCUAUACAAGAGAAAUGUUUUAUUGAGCCCAUAAAUUUGACCGAUUCUUCUGAUCCAAGCAAUAGUUCCAGAUUCUACGUAAUUUCCCCAAAAUUAAAAGAAUCACCAAAAAAGAACGAUAAUUCAAUGAAUAAGAAUUACUUUGGUUUCGAAUAUGGAGAAAAUCGUCAUCCUAUUAAUGAUAAAAAUAACAACCAAAAUGAUAACAGCAAUAAUACCGAUAGGACUACUAUUAAAUUUAUUUGCCCAAGCAAAGAUAGUGAACAAAUUUGGUUAGACUCAAUUUACAACCAUACAAAAAAGAAGCCACUUAAAUAUUGGAGGCAAAUCCUAGAUGGAAUAAUUGUUAGACACAGAAGGAGGUUUACUUCUCCAAAGUCUUCUAAAGGCCCCAAAUCAUUAAAGAAUUCUGGUGCGCUCUCUCAUUCCAAGCGUAGAUCCUCAAGAAAUAAUAUAUUUGAAGAAAGUGAUAAAUUCACAGAUACAUCUACUCACAUCCAACAAUCAGAUAUGGAGGCCAAAAAUCUUAAUCAUCAUGACUACCACCAUAAUGAUAAGCAUGGAAGUAAUGAAGACAAGAAAACCAAUGAGACAUCAAAUCAUUCUAAAGAUCGAGAACUUUUCAAUACAUCUAACUCGGAAGGGAAAUCAACUCAUGAGAAUUCUUCUCAUAAAUCAAGUUUUGAAAAUGUUAAUAAUCUCAAAAAUAACCAAAACUUUGUUAGAUUUAACUUGAAUAAUCAUGAUGAUAUUGGAAAAAUUAAUCGCACUUUGUCUUCAAAAACCUUCCAAACUUCUCAAGAUUUUAAUAAAAUAUUUAGAGAUAAACCAUUUUCUGGAAACUCCCCAUGA